UGGUGGAGAUGCCUGGGAGACCUCGGUGUCCAGAAGGGAUCCCCGGCUCUCUUGGGCUAGGCAGGGCGGAUGGCGACUGUCAAAAGGAAAUAAGAUCAUGGCAGCAGAUGAUGACAACGGUGAUGGAACAAGUUUAUAUGAGGUCUUUUCUGCUUCUCCUCUUAAAAAUAAUGAUGAAGGUUCUUUGGAUAUAUAUGCUGGAUUGGACAGUGCUGUUUCUGACAUUGCUUCCAAAUCAUGUGUGCCAUCCCGAAAUUGUUUGGAUUUAUAUGAAGAAAUCCUGACUGAAGAAGGAACUGCAAAGGAGGCAACAUAUAAUGAUUUGCAAGUAGAAUAUGGUAAAUGUCAGCUGCAAAUGAAAGAGCUGAUGAAAAAGUUUAAGGAAAUACAGACACAGAAUUUCAGCUUAAAAAAUGAAAACCAAUCUCUUAAGAAGAAUAUUUCAGCACUUAUCAAAACCGCUAGAGUGGAAAUAAAUCGCAAAGAUGAAGAAAUAAAUAAUCUUCACCAAAGAUUGUCCGAGUUCUCACAUUUUCGAAAUAAUCACAGAACUGCAAGGAUAGCAGAUAUAGUUAAAACAAAAGAUCUUAAAUCCAGAUCUCCCCAUUUGGAUGAUUGUUCAAAGACUGAUCUCAGAGUGAAAAGUGAUGUUUCUAAAGAUGGACAUCAUAGCACUUCACUGCCAAAUCCCGAAAAGGAAGGAAAAUCAUAUUGUGAAAAAAAGAGCACUUUGUAUUUGCCUCCAUCUAUUGAAAAACACUGCACCAAUGGCAUUUGGUCACGUUCCCAUUAUCAGGUUGUUGAGGGUAUUUCAAGUGAAGAUAAUAGAAGAGGGAGAAAAGAUAUUAGACAUAGCCAAUAUAGCAGAGGAACUGAUAGAAUACGGAAAGACUUAAAUAUUAGUUGUGGUGAUGGUGAGCUGAGGAGCAUAGAGACUAGUCAAAGGCUACAAGGACGUCCUGAGAAAUAUGGUAAAGGUGAACCAAAGGCUGAAAGCAAAAAUUCAAAGUUCAAAAGUAACAUGGAUUUGGAUUAUAAAAAUGAACGAAUUAGCUCUUCUUGGGAGAAAGAGACCUUUAGAGAAAGGUCAUACACUCGAAUGGACUCUCAAAGUGACAAAAAACUAGAAAGACCAAGUGAAAGAUCACAAAAUACAAAUAGAAAAGAACUUAAGUCACAAGACAAAGAAGAAAGAAAAGCUGAUCAAAAAUCUAAAUCUGUAGUAAAAGAUCAGGAUCUCUGGAGAAGAUCUGAACGAGCAUCACUUCCUCAUUCCAAGAGUGAAAUAAAAUCUUCUCAUAAUUCAAGUAAAUACCAUCUAGAAGAGAGAAGAGGAAGGGAAGAUUUUAAAAGAGAUAGAGGUGUAAGUAAUCAUAGUUUUCAAGAAGGAAGAUGUCCAUCCUUUCUUUCAUCCAGUAGAACUCAUAAACACAUUGACUCCAAGGAAGCUGAUGCUGUGCACCAAUGGGAAAAUACACCUUUAAAAGCAGAAUGGCAUAGAACUGAAGAUAAGAGGAAAAGAGAACGAGAAAGCAAAGAAGAAAGUAGGCAUAUAAGAAGUGAAAAAAGAACACCUACAGAACAUUUGCAGAAGACUAACAAAGAAAUUAAGAAAACCACUACUGAUUUAAAGAGACAGAAUGAGCCAAAAAGUGAUAAAGGUGAAGUCUCUAACACUGAUGUUUCUCAAGGAGCAGAUAAUAAAGAGCUUGUAAUUAAAGCUGACAUUGGUCCAAAUGAAACAAAAAAUAAAGACUUAAAAUUGAGUUUUAUGGAAAAAUUGAACUUAACUCUUUCUCCUGCUAAAAAGCAGCCUGUUUCUCAGGGUAACCACCAUAAGAUAACCAAUAUCCCCAAAUCCAGUGGCAUAUGUGAUUUGGAGUGCUUGGUGCAGGCGACAACAGUGACAUGUGUUUCCUCUGUCAAUGAACAUACCAUAGAGGAAACGGAAUCCAAGUUGUCGGAACCAAAGGAUGCUCUUGGAGCUGUAUCUGAAGUCAGGACCAGUAAUCCAGAAAGGAAAAUAGAAGAAGAAAACAGUUUGUUAGUUAAAUCUGUUGAGAAUACUGUGGAUUGUGAUGUGCCCAUUUGUCAUACAGAGACUUCUUUCUCAGCACCCGUGGAAAUGAAACAAACAGAAUCUAUGUUUCCAUCAUCAGCAGAAAAGGAACAAACCAUUAAUGAUACCAGGGCAGCAGUUCCUGUAGUAAUGGACAUAUUACAGACAAAUGUUUCUCAAAACUUUGGCUUGGAAUUGGAUACCAAAAAAAAUGAUGAUGUGAAUUCUUGUGUUUCGGGAGGUAUGGGAAUGAAAGAGGCUUUUUCAACAGAAGUAGCUGAAUCCAGUGAUAGCAUUUUGCAGCCUUCAGUUGAAGAAACUGGCAUUUUGCCAAUAGCCCUUUCAGAAGAUGGUAACCGCAAAUUUGAGCCUUCUCUUGUAGAUACACCACUGGUUGAAAGUAAGUCUUGUCAUUUGGAGCCUUCCUCACCUAAAGAGACACUAGAAUCUUCACUUCAGCAGACUGAAUUAAUGGACAGCAAAACGGAAAUCGGUGAAACAAACUCAGUAUAUAACGAUGAUGAGAAUUCAGUUCUGAGCAUUGACCUUAAUCACCUGAGGCCUAUUCCAGAAGCCAUCAGUCCUCUGAAUAGUCCAGUGAGACCUGUAGCAAAAGUUCUUAGAUUGGAAAGCCCAUCUCAAGUUCCAUUAUGUAAUAACAGUCAUAAAGAUAUAGUUCCACCAAAUUCAGCUCUGUCUACCUCCAAAAGCAAGUCUGAUCUCAAUAAGGAGAAUCAAAAGCCAAUUUGCAAGUCUGACAAAUUUAUAGAUACAGACUCUCAUAAGAACUCAUCUUUAGAUGAAUUAGAAGAAGGAGAAAUUAUAAGCGACAAUGAAAAAUCUAAGCCACAAAAAAGUUUUGAAAAAAGUGCCACACCUAGAACUUCUGCUGAAGUACAGAACACAAAAACUAGCCCAGGAAGUAGGAAAAGUACUCUGCAUUUGGGUAAAGAGAGUAGAAAAACAUCUAUAAAAAUCCAUCAGACCAAAAGCAAAUGGAAUAAAAGACGAAGUGAAUCUAGCAGAUCUUCAAAAACAGAGAAGAAAGACAAGACAAUGAGUACCUCCAGCCUGGAAAAAAUAGUUCCGAUUAUUGCUGCACCCUCUUCUGUACGGGAGAUUAUGCACAUGUUACGAAUGAUAAGGAAACAUGUGAGGAAAAAUUAUAUGAAAUUUAAGGUAAAAUUUUCAUUAAUGCAAUUCCAUAGAAUUAUUGAGUCAGCAACUUUGAGUUUUACAUCACUAAUUAAACACCUUGACUUAUCCAAAAUCUCAAAGUCUGUGGCUACUUUACAGAAUAAUCUCUGUGAUGUUAUAGAAUCCAAGCUUAAGCAAGUUAAGAAGAAUGGCAUUGUGGACCGUUUAUUUGAACAGCAGCUACCAGAUAUGAAAAAAAAACUGUGGAAAUUUGUAGAUGAACAGCUGGAUUAUUUGUUCGCAAAGCUUAAGAAAAUCUUAGUAAAGUUUUGUGAUUCCAUAAACUUUGGCAGUGACAGUGAUGAAGGAAAACGUGAGAAGAUAAGUAAAGAGAAAGCCCAGUAUUCAAAUGGUCAGAAGGGAAAUGUGGACUGCUCCAGCAAGGAAAUGCUGAAAGAGAAAUCCCCCAAAUCAGAAGAUUCUGCUAAUUGUAAGUCUUUACCAGGAUGUAAAAAGUCUGAGGAAAAACAUCAAGACCAAAAUAAUUUCAGCAUUAACACAGUAAAGCGUGACAUUAAAAAAAGUUGUAACACUUCCUUUGAUAAUAUUAAGAACUCUCAAUCUGAAGAACACUCCUUGGAACCAAACCGUCCUGGCACCCCAAAGCCAGGAAGAACCGAAGGCAACACUGUUGAAGACACGCAGACGUCCCAGCAUGCAGCUUUGAAGCCAGAACGCAGUUUCGAGAUUCUCACUGAACAGCAAGCCUCCAGCCUUACUUUUAAUUUAGUGAGCGAUGCCCAGAUGGGUGAAAUAUUUAAAAGUUUGUUACAGGGUUCUGACCUUUUAGAUAACAGCGUUAAUUGUAAUGAAAAAAGUGAGUGGGAGUUAAAGACCCCAGAAAAACAGCUGCUGGAGAGUCUUAAGUGUGAAUCUAUACCAGCUUGUACAACCGAUGAGCUAGUUUCAGGGGUGGUUUCUCCAUGUCCUAAAAUGAUUAGUGAUGAUAAUUGGUCAUUAUUAUCAUCCGAGAAAGGCCCUUCUCUAUCUUCAGGGCUUUCGUUGCCAGUUCACCCUGAUGUGUUGGAUGAAAGUUGCAUGUUUGACGUGUCCACUAAUAUAGCUUUGAGUAAAGAUAAUGUGUGUGGUUCAGAAAAGAGCAAACCCUGCAUUUCCUCCAUACUUCUGGAAGACUUAGCAGUCUCUUUAACAGUGCCGUCACCUCUGAAGUCAGACGGUCAUCUCAGUUUCCUAAAGCCUGAAGUUUUGUCCAGUUCAACUCCUGAAGAAGUUAUUAGUGCCCAUUUUAGUGAGGAUGCCUUACUUGAGGAAGAGGAUGCGUCUGAACAAGAUAUUCAUUUAGCUCUGGAGUCUGAUAAUUCAAGCAGCAAGUCAAGUUGUUCUUCAUCAUGGACAAGUCGGUCUGUUGCUCCAGGCUUUCAGUACCACCCCAACCUACCCAUGCAUGCUGUCAUAAUGGAAAAGUCCAAUGAUCAUUUCAUUGUGAAAAUACGGCGGGCAGCACCAUCUGCCUCCCCUAGUCUCAAACAGAAUGCGGUGGCUGAUGAGUCGUUGGCAUCUUUGCCUGGAUUGGAAAAGGACGCUGAUAAAGCGUCAGAGAAAGACUAUGUUUCGUGUCAGAACGGAGAUUUUAAAUCUGUGGAGGAACUAAAUUCCGACAACAAUGUUGACAGCCGUAAAUCAGCCCAUGAAGAACAGGACUGUAUGAUAGAAACACAGGUUCCCGAUAUAUAUGAAUUUCUUAAAGAUGCUUCAGGUAAAGUGGGCCAUAGUAAUGAAGUGACUGAUGAAUGCUUUAAGUUGCACCAAGUAUGGGAACCAAAAGUACCUGAAAGCAUUGAAGAAUUGCCUCCAAUGGAGGAAAUUUCACAUUCUGUCGAGGCUCAUCUUCCAAACACCUAUAUAGACCUCACGAAAGACUCAGUCACUGAGACCAAAAACUUGGGGGAAUUCAUAGAAGUAACAGUUUUAAAUAUUGAUCAGUUGGGAUGCUCUGAAGGCAGUUUGGAGCAGAGUGCUCAAAUACUAGAUGAAAUGCAGCCCGAUACCGUAGAUGCUUUUAUUGAUUUGACACAAGAUGUUUCAAGUGAGAGUAAAAACGAAGGGAACUGUCCUGCCUUAGCUGUUGAACACUUUGAGUGUCAGGUGAUAUGCGUAGAUGAAGAUAACUGUAAGGAAGAAAAGGUGCAAAUGGCAGAUAGGCCUUUGGAAUGCAUUGUUGAGGAAACCUAUAUCGAUUUGACCUCAGAACCUCCCAGUUCAUGCGAAGUAAAAAAGGAUGAUUUAAAGUCAGAGCCGGCAUCAAAUUCUGAUGAUUCAGUAUUGCCUGGAGCUUUGGAUAAUGCUCCUAAAAAGAGAAAAAACCUUUCUGAUCUAAACCAUUCUAAUAAAAAACAGAGGAAGGAAACAGACUUAAGCAGUAGGGAAAAGACCAAGAAAAUUACCCAAGAUUCUGGUGAGAAUGGUGAAGCACACCGAAAGAAAGCCAGUAAGAAAAAAGACCCUGCGGUGAACAAAGAGCCCUCAUCGUCAAGCCCAGGGAUUAAGGAUCCAUCAGCAGCAUCUGCCACAUCUCCUAAAAGCCUUUCUGCAAAGAAUGUUAUUAAAAAGAAGGGAGAAAUUAUAGUUUUAUGGACAAGAAAUGAUGACCGGGAAAUUUUAUUGGAGUGUCAAAAAAGAGGGCCAUCACUGAAAAUAUUUUCUUAUUUAGCUGCCAAGUUGAAUAAAGAUCCGUAUCAGGUCUCAGAAAGAUUCCAGCAGCUAAUGAAGCUCUUUGAAAAGUCAAAAUGCAGAUAAAUUGCUGAACUCCUUGAGUCUUAGUUGAUAUUGUAUACUACACAGAAGCUUGGAAUUCCUCAUGUUUUAAAUGGGGAAGUAGAGGGCAGUUUUAUGGCGUAUUUGAUUACUAGAUAAAAGUCUACAUUUACUAUUACUCGCUGACUCUUGAAUCUCAAGUCAGCAUGUUUAGCUUGUUCCAGUCAUCAGUCUGAUUUGCUCACUUGUUACUGGUCAAGAUAUUUAUUUUUAAACAGAACUUGUUAUUAAGAUAAAAGCAACAACGAAAUGGCAUUGAAACUUUAGUUUUGAUAUUUCAGAAAAACGGCUUUCUUUUCUAGAUUUUUCACAAUAAUUUUGUAGCAUUUUAAACAAUUAUUUAGUUUGUUUUCAUCCAUUUUUUAUUUGCUUUUCUA